AUGCCUUCAAAAGAUAAAGUAAACCGGAGGAAACGACGACAGCGUCAUUUGGCUGAAAGUGAGUUUGAUAGUAAUGCAACUAAUAGUUGCGGGGUUGAGGGCGUUUCCAAUGAUGGUUUUUUGUUUAAUGUUAAUUCAACCCGGGGUAGUAUUACAGGUGAUGGUAAUUCUAUGGAUUGUUUAUCUAUGGUUGAUGGAGGGGUUGAGUUAGCUUUAGAGAGUGGGGUUGUUUGUGAAGUUAGUGAAGUUGGGAGUGAAGUAGGUGAUUGUGAAAUGAGGGAAGUUGGUAGGAGAUUAGUUAGUUGUGAAAUAAGUCAAUUUGGUAGUCAAAUUGAGUCCAAUAUUAUAAAUGAUAAUUUCUAUAAUGAUUUUGAAAGUGAGUCUGAUAGUUUUUCAGUUUUUUCUUUGAAUAGUUCCAAAAAUAGUGUUUUGUCGUAUGAACGGUCAAAAGGUGGUAGGCCAAAAAAAAUGAAAAGAAGUUCUGGUAGACCGAAAAAAAAUUGUGUAAAGAAAAAUAGUUUUGUUAAUGAGUUUAAUAGUAUAAACAUAGUUAAUACACCAUCUAAUGAUAAUUUGAAUAUGAAUUAUGUUCCCGAAUUUUUAUCUAUUGAUUUGUUGGAUAUACCUUUUGGUCCGAUGCCAAAUAUUGAAAAUAGAAUUUUUACUGACGAUAUUGUUUUUUCAAGGCCCGAAAUUAUUAAUUUGUGGUCAGAUCCCAAUGAGUGGCUUCAAGAUAGUUUCGUUUUUAUUUAUUUAAAAUUUUUAUCAUAUCGUUCCAAUUUAAAUGUAGUUGUUGUUUCUCCCCAAUUUGUUGUAGUUGAACACCAUUUUGGUCAGGGUGUUGAGCCUCUUAAUAUUUUUGAUUAUUGUUUUAAUUAUAACCAGGAUUAUGAUAUUUUAUUGAUUCCAAUUAUUUUUCCUGGACAUUUUGGAUUGGUUAUUUUUGAUCGUUCAGAUCGUGAUAAUUUUUCAUGCGUUUUUGUUGACUCUUUACCUUCUGUAAAUCGUUUAACCGAUGUUUCUUGUGGUGUUUUUGAUCACAGGCGUGUUGAUUUAAUUAAAAGGUGUAUUUGUGAUUUGACACCUGGUCUUUUUGUUGAGAAUAUAAAUAUUCAAGUUUUGUCCCGUUCUAUGUUUACCGAACAAAGAGAUGGAAUUAAUUGCGGGUUUUAUGCUUGUCUUUAUUCUGAAGGAAACGUAUUUUAUGGAACCUUUCGCAAUUGA